UCUGUGCAUGAGGAGAGAUUUGUUCUAUGGCCUCGGAGCUGGUGCCGGGGAUGAUGGCGGCUGCCCAGAGCUGGCAAAGCUCUAUCUUCAGUACCUGGAGAGCCUGCGAUUAGACCAGUUCUUGCGACAGACGUCAGCCAUCUUCAACAGGAAUAUCUCUAGUGAUGACAGUGAAGAUGGACUGGAUGACAACCCUUUGUUGCCUCAAUCUGGGGAUCCCUUGAUACAAGUUAAGGAAGAACCACCCAACUCUUGCUUGGGGAAAGCUCUGGAGCAAGCAAUUCUGAAUGUUAAACACAUAUCACUGAACGGAGUCCUGCAGUCAGGUCAAACCAAAUCUGAGAAAGGAAAUUUAUAUAAUUUCUCUAAGCUAAAGAAAAGCAGAAAGUGGCUGAAGGGCAUUUUGCUAAGUGAUGAGUCCAGUGACACAGACUCUCCAAGUGAAGAAGAUGGGGAUGAUGAAAUCAAUCUCACCAGAGAGGAGCUCCACAACAUGCUGAGGUUGCACAAAUAUAAGAAACUACAUCAGAAUAAGUACAGCAAGGACAAGGAGUUGCAGCAGUACCAGUACUAUAGUGCAGGGCUACUUUCCACAUAUGACCCUUUUUAUGAGCAGCAGCGGCAUGUACUUGGGCCCAAGAAAAAGAAAUUCAAAGAGGAAAAAAAAUUGAAAGCCAAGUUGAAAAAAGUGAGAGAAAAAAGAGACGGAGGGAGGAAGAGCUUUUCUUCUGAGGAAUCUCCACGGCGCCACCAUCACCAGACCAAAGUCUUUGCCAAGUUCUCUCAUGAUGCUCCUCUCCCUGGCUCUAAGAAGAAGCAUUUGUCCAUUGAGCAGCUUAAUGCUCGCCGACGGAAAGUGUGGCUUAGCAUUGUGAAAAAGGAACUACCAAAGGCCAACAAGCAGAAAGCUUCAGCCCGUAACCUAUUUCUCACCAAUAGCCGAAAGCUUGCCCACCAAUGUAUGAGGGAAGUACGACGUGCUGCCAUCCAAGCUCAAAAGAACUGUAAGGAGACCCUACCUCGAGCUCGCCGCCUCACAAAGGAAAUGCUUCUGUAUUGGAAGAAGUAUGAAAAGGUGGAAAAGGAGCACCGUAAACGUGCUGAGAAGGAGGCCCUGGAGCAGCGUAAACUAGAUGAAGAGAUGAGGGAGGCUAAAAGGCAACAACGUAAAUUAAACUUCCUCAUCACCCAGACAGAGUUGUAUGCCCACUUUAUGAGUCGCAAACGGGAUAUGGGACAUGAUGGAAUCCAGGAAGAAAUCUUGCGAAAACUGGAGGACAGUUCAACACAGAGACAAAUUGACAUUGGUGGAGGGGUUGUAGUUAACAUCACCCAAGAGGAUUAUGAUAGCAACUACUACAAAGCCCAAGCCCUAAAAAAUGCUGAAGACGCUUACCAGAUUCACCAAGCUCGGACAAGAUCAUUUGAUGAAGAUGCAAAAGAGAGCCGGGCAGCAGCCCUCCGGGCUGCAAACAAAUCUGGCACUGGAUUUGGGGAGAGUUAUAGCCUGGCAAACCCAUCAAUCCGAGCUGGGGACGAUAUUCCACAGCCCACAAUUUUUAAUGGCAAAUUGAAAGGCUAUCAGCUGAAAGGCAUGAAUUGGUUGGCCAAUCUGUAUGAGCAGGGCAUUAAUGGAAUUUUGGCUGAUGAGAUGGGUCUUGGUAAAACAGUACAAAGCAUUGCCCUCUUGGCACAUCUGGCUGAAAGAGAGAACAUUUGGGGACCAUUCUUAAUCAUUUCCCCUGCUUCUACACUCAAUAACUGGCAUCAAGAGUUUUCAAGAUUUGUUCCCAGAUUUAAGGUGCUGCCAUAUUGGGGUAAUCCUCACGAUAGAAAAGUCAUCAGGAAAUUCUGGAGUCAGAAGACACUUUACACUCAGGAUGCUCCUUUCCACGUGGUGAUCACCAGCUACCAGCUGGUGGUUCAGGAUGUGAAGUACUUCCAGCGAGUAAAAUGGCAGUACAUGGUAUUGGAUGAGGCCCAAGCUCUCAAGAGUAGUUCCAGUGUUCGGUGGAAGAUCCUCUUGCAGUUUCAGUGUCGGAAUCGGCUUCUGCUCACAGGGACCCCUAUUCAAAACACUAUGGCUGAGCUUUGGGCUCUGCUACAUUUCAUUAUGCCAACAUUAUUUGAUUCCCAUGAAGAAUUUAAUGAGUGGUUUUCCAAGGAUAUUGAGAGCCAUGCUGAGAACAAAUCUGCCAUUGAUGAGAAUCAGUUGUCUCGGUUACACAUGAUCUUGAAGCCAUUUAUGUUAAGAAGAAUCAAGAAGGAUGUGGAAAAUGAGUUGUCAGACAAGAUUGAGAUUUGGAUGUAUUGCCAGUUGACCAGUAGACAGAAGCUGCUUUAUCAGGCACUAAAGAACAAAAUCUCCAUUGAGGAUCUGUUGCAGUCUUCAAUGGGCUCCACCCAGCAAGCACAGAAUACCACCAGUAGCCUCAUGAAUCUGGUCAUGCAGUUCAGGAAGGUGUGUAAUCAUCCAGAGCUCUUUGAGCGGCAAGAGACAUGGUCCCCAUUUCAUAUCACUCUAAAGCCAUACCAGAUUUCCAAGUUUAUUUACCGUCAUGGACAGAUCAGGGUCUUUAAUCAUUCACGAGACAGGUGGUUAAGAGUUCUUCUCUCACCAUUUGCACCAGACUAUAUCCAGCAGUCCCUCUUCCACAGGAAGGGUGUUAAUGAAGAAAGCUGUUUCUCUUUCCUUCGAUUUAUUGAUGUGUCGCCUGCUGAGAUGGCAAACCUCAUGCUUCAGGGACUUUUGGCAAGAUGGUUAGCUCUUUUCCUGUCUCUGAAAGCCUCCUACAGGCUCCAUCAGCUGCGUUCCUGGGGAGAGCCACAAGGGGAGAACCAACACAGUCCUCUACAUCUGAGGAAUAAGGAUUUCCUCCUUGGGGUUGAUUUCCCCCUCUCCUUUCCCAACCUUUCCAGCUGCACCUUGUUACAGUCUCUAGUGUUCAGCAGCCACUGUAAAGCAGUGAGUGGUUAUUCAGACCAAGUCAUCUACCAACGAAGAUCUGCUACCUCCUUGAUUCGUUGCUGCCAGGUCACCGAGCUGCCAUCUUUUUUAUGUGUGGCCAGCCCAAGAGUUACAGCAGUGCCAUUGGAUUCCUACUGCAAUGACCGAAGUGCAGAGUAUGAGCGACGAGUCCUAAAAGAAGGAGGGAGCCUGGCUGCAAAGCAGUGCUUACUAAAUGGAGCCCCAGAGCUGGCUGUGGAUUGGCUGAAUCGACCCUCUCAGUUUUUCCCACAGCCACCAGGAGGGUUGUGGAGCAUCAGGCCUCAGAAUGGCUGGUCUUUCAUCAGGAUUCCAGGCAAGGAAAGUCUCAUCACUGACAGUGGAAAGCUGUAUGCCCUUGAUGUUCUCCUGACUCGGCUCAAGUCUCAAGGACACAGGGUCCUUAUCUACUCCCAGAUGACCAGGAUGAUUGACCUAUUGGAGGAAUACAUGGUUUACAGGAAGCAUACGUACAUGAGGCUGGAUGGUUCGUCCAAGAUCUCAGAAAGGCGGGACAUGGUAGCUGAUUUUCAGAACAGAAAUGAUAUCUUUGUAUUCCUGUUAAGCACAAGAGCCGGAGGUCUGGGCAUCAACCUCACUGCUGCAGAUACAGUGAUCUUCUAUGAUAGUGACUGGAACCCUACAGUGGACCAACAGGCUAUGGACCGAGCCCACCGGCUGGGUCAGACCAAACAGGUGACUGUUUACCGGCUCAUCUGUAAGGGUACCAUUGAGGAACGUAUUCUGCAGAGGGCCAAUGAAAAGAGUGAGAUCCAGCAGAUGGUGAUCUCAGGUGGGAACUUCAAACCAGACACCCUAAAACCCAAAGAAGUGGUUAGUCUUCUACUAGAUGAUGACGAAUUGGAGAAGAAAUUGAGGCUUCGGCAAGAGGAAAAACGACAGCAAGAAGAAACCAACCGAGUGAAGGAGCGCAAAAGGAAAAGGGAAAAAUAUGCAGAAAAGAAAAAGAAGGAAGAUGAGCUGGAUGGUAAAAGGAGGAAGGAGGGAGCCAACCUAGUGAUCCCCUUUGUUCCUUCUGCUGAUAAUUCCAACCUCUCUGCUGAUGGGGAUGAUUCCUUCAUCAGUGUGGAUUCUGCCAUGCCCAGCCCUUUCAGUGAGAUUUCCAUCAGCAGUGAACUACAUACUGGUUCCAUACCUCCCGAUGAGAGCAGCAGUGAUAUGUUGGUGAUCGUGGACGACCCAGCUUCCUCAGCACCUCAGUCUCGUGCCACCAACUCUCCUGCUUCCAUCACAGGCUCAGUCUCAGACACCAUGAAUGGAAUUUCUCUUCAGGAAAUGCCAGCCACAGGGCGUGGCCACUCAGGCCGAAGUCGGGGCCGCCCCAAAGGUUCGGGCAGCACCUCAAAAGGAGCAGGAAAAGGCAGGAGCCGGAAGUCCACAGCGGGCAGCGCGGCUGCAAUGGCAGGGGCCAAAGCAGGGGCUGCAGCCGCAUCAGCAGCAGCCUAUGCGGCAUACGGGUACAAUGUGUCUAAAGGAAUCUCUGCCAGUAGCCCCCUACAAACAUCACUCAUUCGACCAGCUGGACUUGCUGACUUUGGACCUUCAAGCGCCUCUUCUCCCUUGAGCUCACCUUUGAGCAAGGGAAAUAGUGUCCCUGGGACUCCCAAGAGCCUCAAUGUUACCAGCAGCCUGACCCCUGACCCGCUGAUCCGAAAACAGGGCAAAGGACCUCAUCCCCCUGGGGGACGAUAACCACCUUGGGCCUCUUGAGCUUUUUUCUACCAAACUGGGGCCCCGUGCCCUUCCUGCCAGCUGAUGGUUUCUGGAUGACUGCCCUCUUUGGCAUCCUGCAUCUCCAGGGAGGGAAUGGAGGUGAAUAAUCCCAGCACAGUGAGGACAGGCAGGUGGCUGAUCUGAGCACUUUCAUCACCUGUUUCUCAAAAUGUUCCCCUUCAGGAUGCCUAUAAGAAGAGGUCCCAGAGGCAGGAAUCAAUCCACCACAUCUCAAAUGAACUUUACAGCCAAGUCUUAAACCUCUCACUGGGAAAGGGCCAUAUUUGUUACCACCUUCAGUCCUACAAACUUCUGCUAUUCCUGCCUCUGCCCUUCUUCCUACUUUACCCUCUCAAGAUAGAGUGGGCUCUACCCAACUCUUAGGGAUUCGGUAUCUGGCCUCCCAAGUCCCCUUAAGGAUCGGGGGUGGGCAGCAUUCUGCCUCUGGGCACAUGCCUUCUAAAGGAGUACAGGGUAUGAGGAGUGGGUCUUGUGCCCAUGAGGAGUGCUCCACAGAGAUUUCUAGGUCUGAGAUUUUCUGAAAGGGCAGAAAGGAGGAAAUCAUGUACUUAGCCUCCUCGUUACCACAGCUUAGUCCAUAUAAAUGAUCUCUGGGGACCUCCCCCCAAGGUCACCAGAAACUCCCCUCUGACCAGAGUCAGCUCUGCCAUUGCACCAUCCUGCCCCUAGAGUGGCAACAUGAUGGGAAUUGAGCAUCGGAAGAGGUGGUGUAGGUUGGGUGAGAAUGACUAGGGAGAGUCUGAGGUGCUGAAGCAGCACUUCCUUCAGGGCUUCUUUGCCUAGACCCCCGGAGAAAAGGGCUACAGACCUGCCAUUACUCUGUGCAGUGCAGUGGUCUCCCACUGUACCCCCACUGGCCAAGGACAGUCUUCAUCACACCCUCUUGUUGUUCAUUCCUAGUAAUCUCUAGCUCUUCCCCCGAAACCCCCCCCCCCCCCAAGCAUCAGCAGCUCCCACCCAAGGGACUGACAAGAGGCCAGUAAUGAGAACAGGGUCGUCCGAAUCAGGCUCCCUUGCUGAUCCUCUCCCAGACUCCCUAUGCCCACCCUGAAUGCACAGUCUCCCCAUCCCCUACCCUUUAAUCCCCUGCUUGGCUGUAUGCACUGUCUGUAUUGCACUGAGAAAGGGAGGGACCGCGGGAGUGGGGUGGGAAGGGAGACAAGGAGGAGAUGCCCGUACUGACACCUCACAGCCCAGGGCCUGACCAGUCUGGACAUUCUGGCUCUCUCUGACAGAGGGCGGAAAGACAAGUGGUCUUUGCUGGGACCACAAAGGAUGGUUUUCCUGCCUGCCUCCCAGCCUGAUGUCUCAGCGUGAAGCAGGUGCUUCCAGGCGGCUCAGCCUCUAAUUUGCACACCUGAAAAUCGCGGAAUUGAGUUUAGUUAGAUUGAUUUUAAAGCCCCUUUUUGGGAGGGGAGUGGGAGUGAAGGGGAAUCGUUUAACUUAAAUCAUUAAGACUCCCCUGCCUAACCCAGACUCCCGUGUACAGAUGCUAUUUAGAGGGAAUCAGAAAAAUGCCAAGCCUUUUUUUCUCUUUGAAUGUGCUGUCUAUUUUUAUAACUGAACUUGUACAUAUGUAUAAAGAGAGACACAUCUUUCUUUUACUAACUGGAGAAAAAUCUUAAAUAAAAUGG